AUGUCUACCAUGGAAUCCACUAUCCGCCCAACAGGCUACGGCUCCGACUCUGAGAGCGAUGGUCAAGCAUCCGGCGGCCGCAAGGUCUCUGCCAACGUCGGUCCCGUCCCGUCCUCCGCCACACUCAACCGCCCGGCAGGCAACAUCAUCAAAGGACCCGUAGACGACAACGGAAAGCAAAAGGACGCUGCUUUGUUGAUUGGUAUCAAGUUGGAUCUGGAAGCGGAAAUUCAUCUGACGGCAAGAAUUCGUGGAGACAUUACGAUUGGAUUGUAUUGA